AUGGCCCCCGCAGCCGUCAAUACCAAUGCCAAUGGCACCGGUCUCUCUCUGAAACCAAAUAUUGGUGUUUAUACAAACCCAAAACACGAUCUGUGGAUUAGUGAGGCUGGGCCUACUGCUGAGAGUGUUUCGGCUGGCUCGGACCUGAAGCCUGGCGAGGUAACGAUUGCUAUUCGAAGUACUGGUAUUUGCGGAUCCGAUGUUCACUUUUGGCAUGCAGGCUGCAUUGGGCCCAUGAUUGUAGAAGGUGACCAUAUUCUGGGCCAUGAGUCUGCUGGUGAUGUCAUUGCGGUGCAUCCAUCAGUGACCAGCUUGAAAGUUGGAGACCGCGUAGCAGUUGAGCCUAACAUCAUUUGCAAUGCCUGCGAGCCCUGCCUAACGGGACAUUACAACGGCUGCGAGAACGUCGCCUUCCUGUCAACACCGCCAGUGCCUGGUCUAUUGCGCCGAUAUGUCAACCAUCCAGCUGUUUGGUGCCACAAGAUUGGCGACAUGUCCUAUGAGAAUGGGUCCCUUCUUGAGCCGUUGAGCGUUGCUCUUGCCGGAAUGCAACGAGCCAAGAUGCAGCUCGGAGAUCCGGUACUGGUCUGCGGUGCUGGUCCAAUCGGCCUGGUUACCAUGCUGUGUUGCGCUGCUGGCGGCGCAAGCCCGCUUGUCGUCACGGACAUCUCGGAGAGCAGACUCGCUUUUGCCAAGGAACUCUGCCCUCGGGUCAUUACUCACAAAAUUGAACCUGGCUCUGCCGAAGAAACAGCAAAAGCUAUUGUUAAAUCGUUCAAUGGAGUUGAGCCUUCCCUGACGAUGGAAUGUACCGGUGUGGAAAGCAGCAUUAAUGCUGCCAUCUGGGCAACCAAGUUUGGCGGCAAAGUGUUCAUUAUCGGUGUUGGAAAGAACGAAAUCACCAUUCCCUUUAUGCGUGCUAGCGUACGCGAAGUCGACAUCCAGUUGCAGUAUCGGUAUAGCAAUACCUGGCCACGGGCUAUUCGACUAGUGGAGAGCGGUGUCAUUGAUCUGUCGAGGUUGGUAACGCACAGAUUUCCCUUGGAAGAUGCGUUGAAGGCAUUUGAGACUUCGGCAGAUCCCAAGAGCGGGGCCAUCAAGGUGCAGAUUCAGAGCUUUGACUAG